AUGGAUACUAAGUCUGAGCUCGCUUGCACUUAUGCUUCUCUCAUUCUUGCUGAUGAUGAUAUCGAAGUAACAGCUGAUAAGCUCAAUACCAUUUUGAAAGCUGCUAACUGCAAGUUCGUGGAAUCUUAUAUAACGAGUCUCUUCGCCAAUGCACUGAGCGGUCGUAACAUCAGGGAUAUUAUCUCUGCCUCUUCGAAUGUUAGUGUUGCCGCCGCACCUUCGGCUGCUGCUGCAUCCGGUGCUCCCAAAGUCUCCGGUGGUGCUCCGGCUGUAGAAGCUGCUCCUGAACCAAAGAAGGAAGAGGAAAAGAAGAAGGAAGAAUCUGAGGAAUCCGACGAAGAUAUGGGCUUUGACUUGUUCGGUUAA